GCCCGGACCCCCCUGAAAUAUGUUCAGGGGCGCUUGGAUGUGGCCCGGGAAAGACGCCGCCGCGCUGACUAUCUGCUGCUGCUGCUGCUGCUGGGCUCCCAGGCCGAGCGACAAACCUUGCGCCGACUCCGAGCGGGCGCAGCGAUGGCUGCUCGCUGACCAUCUGUGGCUGUGCGCGGGGGCCCGGGCCCGGCCCCGGGUCAGGGAGCUGAGCAGCGCCAUGCGGCCGCCCUGGGGGGCCGGCCGGGAGCGGCCGCCGGUGCCUCCUCGCGCGGUGCUGCCGCUGCCGCUGCCGCCGCCGCCGCCGCCGCAGCCCGGCGAGCCUAGCGCGCCCCCGGGCACCUGCGGCCUCAGAUACAGCAACCUGACCAAAGCCGCCCCCGCCGCCGGCUCUCGGCCGGUCUGCGGCGGCGUCCCAGAGCCCACGGGGCUGGACGCAGCUUGCACCAAAUUGCAAUCUUUGCAGAGACUUUUCGAACCCACUACCCCGGCUCCCCCUCUGCGGCCCCCUGACUCCCCUUCCCGUGCCCCGGCCGAGUUCCCCUCCGCCAAAAAAAACUUGCUCAAAGGCCACUUUCGGAACUUCACUCUUUCCUUUUGCGAUACCUACACGGUCUGGGACUUGCUGCUGGGCAUGGACCGCCCCGACAGCCUGGACUGUAGCCUGGACACCCUGCUGGGGGACCUGCUAGCCGUGGUGGCCAGCCCGGGCUCCGGGGCCUGGGAGGCGUGUAGCAACUGUAUCGAGGCGUACCAGCGGCUGGACCGACACGCUCAGGAAAAAUAUGACGAGUUCGACCUCGUGCUGCAUAAAUACUUACAGGCGGAAGAGUACUCAAUCCGGUCCUGCACGAAAGGCUGUAAGGCUGUCUACAAGGCCUGGCUGUGCUCAGAAUACUUCAGCGUGACCCAGCAGGAAUGCCAGCGCUGGGUGCCCUGCAAGCAAUACUGCCUGGAGGUGCAGACCCGGUGCCCCUUUAUACUCCCCGACAAUGAGGAAAUGGUGUACGGAGGGCUCCCUGGCUUUAUCUGUACAGGGUUGCUGGAUACUUCACCAAAGCGUCUGGAAACCAAGUGCUGUGACGUGCAGUGGGUCUCCUGUGAGGCGAAGAAGAAGAAGUUCAAGGAGUCUGAGGCCCCCAAAACCCACCACCAGCAAUUCCACCACUCCUAUUUCCACCACUACCACCAACAGUACCAUCACUACCACCCCCGUCAUGAACACCCCCGCCGCGUCAGCAACAAGCCUGCCCUGCUGCCGGUCUCUGGGGGCUCCCGCCUCAGCCCUAGCAGGAUCCGGCUCUGCAUCCUUGUUCUCAUGCUCCUCCAUACCGUGGUGUCCUUCUCCAGCAACCAGGGUGGUGGGGGAUUGGGGCUGGAGACACUGCCUGCCCUAGAGGAGGGCCUGACACGGGAAGAGUGACAGUAGGGAGGGAGGACAGACCUCCACCACACACUGACAUCAGCUCCAGCUCCCCCUGGUGGGGGGGAGGGGUUCCUCCCAUGGGAGGUAUAGGAUAAGGUGGGGGCGGGGGAAAUGGGGGAACGACACAUCCCCCCCAACCUACCCCCACCCCAAAAUCAGCUCCAACAGAAUGGCCAGAGGGCCCCAGGGAGCUGCAAAAUUCAUCCGGGAGAAAAAGGCAGGAGCAGCAGGUGACCCCUCCCAAGCCCCCAUCUAUGGGGCUUAGGAAAAAAAGGGAGGAAGUGGGGACUGGAUACGCCCACCCCUGCCAAAAGCCCUGACCCCAGGGAAGGAGGCUGCUCACCCAGCCUUGGCCCUGCAGGGAAUGUUGGGGGGCACAGAGGGGAGAAGCUCUUUCCCCCACUCCACAUUCCUUUUGUUGCCAAGAUCCUUAAUUCCCUCCUGCCCACAUCCCUACAGGCGACGGCAGACAGUGCAAUGGCCCUCCUGCCACUUCAGCACACCUUGCCCCACCUGGGACCAUCACACAUGAAGCACCAGGCUGGGAGAUGAGGUACACACAGUUGCAGCUAGGUCGGGGCCCCAGUUAAGCUGUGCCCCACCACCCUAGGCAAUGAGGGGCAGGAAAGGGGUACAGAAUGAAUGGUGAAAGAGAGUGAAGAUACAGAAGGGGGAGAGGAGAGGAGAAAUGUGGACAGAGGGCUUGAAGAGAUGGCCAAAUAGGCUACUGCCACCUGGCUUUGGGAAGACAGUUGAUAAGUGUUGAGGUAGGCUCAAGAACUGCUCCCCAAAUCAGUGAGUUGCGUGAGGAGCCCUCUGGGGGAAAGAGCACAGGAACUGAGUUGCUAGGCCUCCAAACAAAAGGCUGCAGGCACAUGGUUAGACUGCCGCUGUCUGAAGGACCAUAUCUUACAGAAGGUGCACAUACUCUCAAGGGCCACUCUUGCCCUGGAGAUCUUGGCCUUGGGGUCAAAGAUAUUUCCAUUUCCGAUCUCCAUGGGGAGGAGGGACUUAAGCCCAAGUGGGUCAGGCCUGGCCCCGGUCCUCAUACUCCCCCAUCUUGUCCCAGCCCAGGCCUCCAUGAAGGAGAACCUGGUGGCAUUGCCCCAGAGCUCUCCAGAGAUGAGCCUCCCCUAUCCCCACCCUGUCCCCGUCCCCAUCCCCAGCCUACCAAAGAGUAUUCACACCUUUCCAUCCCUGACUCCAUGGGUUACUGUCCCAAUUGUGAAACACCCAGACUCCUCUUCACCUUGUAGCAGGGUCUUCUGCUCCAGUCAUCCCGGCCCCUUGCAAGAGAAAGUCCAGGGACUGCCAAGAAGACCCUUUGACUAAAGAUAAUGUGCUGUCAUCUCUGGGCUGAGAAACUGUUGAGUCAGGCUAGAGGGCUGGACAAGAGAAGAGGCAUUGAGAGCCCCCUUGGGGGCCAUUAGCCUUGCUCUAGGCUGCUGUGUGGGGGUGGGGAGUAGGGGGCAUCCCACAUUGCCUGGGACAUCUGAAUGCUGAUAAGAAUGGACAGGAAAGGGAGCCAGAGCUGUAUUCCUGGGACAGGCCAGGGAGCCUUUAGUGCCAGCAGGGCCUGUGUCCUGGGAUGCGAUGCUAAUGAGUGAAUGGAAGGGUGGGCCUGGAGCUGCGUGAGAGUGAAACCAAGAAGCGGAUGGGGAAGGGAGAGCUGACCUUGGUCAGCUUAGGGGUGAGUGGAGAAGGGAUCAUUCAUGGGUCUCAGACUGAUUACAUGAGACCGGGGAGUCCUUCCUUGCCAGUUUUCUCAUUUCUUACAGCCUAUCCCCCAACCCUACCCCUGUGCCCUGCCCACACACUCCCCUGUUUGGCCCUCAGCACUUCGGGCCUGGUCACAUACCCCAUCCCUAGUGCUCUUUUCAGCUGGGGAGGGGAAGAGGUGCUGGCUCCUUUCCAGACAUGCUUAUGUGUAAGUAAAGGGGCAGGUGCUUGGGCUCCAGAGAGACCCUAGGUACUGCCUUCUAACUCCUGCAUCCUCAGCAGGGGAAAAGGGACUGGGAAAUAAAGGGGAACCAUAUGGCCCCAGGGAAUGGACCCUUGGAGACUCCCAUCCUCUCUUCCCCCUCACCAAGUGCCCAGGAGACCCCUGGCUCAGACCAGCCCAAGGCCUUGCCCAGUGGCAGGGGAAAGGGACACCUCACUCCACCUCAAAGUCAUUUGACUGCCCCCAUCCACCCCACCAUCCUAAUCUUCCACCACCUCUCCGGCUGCCCCUGCCCUCCAUCACAGGCAACAGAGCCGGGCAGCUUUCUUAUGUCAUUUUCUACACUGUGCUUCAUGAGUCGGACUUUCUUGCACUAGUUCUUAUGACUGAGUCUCCAAACUGGUUUCCUAGUAGUCCCCCAUCCCUUCCUCCCUUACCCAGCUAUGAUUCAGUUGUCUCUUACCCUGCCUCUGUGUUUCGGUGAGAGUCUCUGUAUGUGUACUGCUUUCCGUUUUGUUGCAUUGUGGAGCGGAGGCCUCUCUGCUCUUGUUUAACCCCAUAAAGAAAUAAAUGGUAAGACUUGAUGAUAA